GGUUACAUUUGGUGGUGGUGUGUUAUACACAUAAAUAUCCGCGUGACCAAGCCUUCGGGUCUUUCCAAGGUGUACUGUAGUUAAUAUCAUAUUCAACAUUCCGAGCGAUUGCGCUCUCCACCACCAUGGCGGAAUAACGGCUGCAGCGGCCACAAAAGCAGCGGCAAUCCCAACAGUGCCUCAGCGAAGUGCACUGGCUUUAUAUUUUGCAAAAAUGGCGUCUCCUAAGGCAACUCUCAGCACUGCUGCAGUCGACAGCACAAAAGCACAGCUCGACUCCUCAUCGUCAGCAGACUUGACCCUCCUCCUCCUCCCGCACGCAGCUGUUCUGCAGACCCACCUGACAAGCGGCCAUGUCUCUGAGCUCGCUCCCGGCCAUGGGCGACGUGGGGGCCCUGCUCUUGGGCCCCUCGUUUCUGACGGCUGACCCUCCGGGGCCCCUUCUGGACGAAGAUGAAGAAUAUUUAGUGGGGACCACUUCUCCCCUCUCUUUCUCUUCUGCUGAUUCUCCCACUUCUCUCCUUUCCCUCUCCCCCCCUCCCUCCCCUCCUCCUGCCCUGGGAUGCAAGCUUGGGGAUGAGCUGCUGCCCCUCCCUUGGCUGUGUGACAGCGCAGUGCUGGACGUCUCCAUUAAUCCAGCUGAUGGCAAGGAGGAUGGCUUCUCGGGCAUGGACUGGAUGGCAGAGGACAUAGACCUGAGCGAGUUUGACCUGGACUCCCUCAUGGGCUCCUAUGAAUCAGACGAGCCCCCCAGCUCCCCAGAGGAGCUCAUAGCUUCCCUGGAGUCUCACAUGGAUCUGGAUCUGGAUCUGGAUCCCCUGCAGUUCACCGCCCCCGCCACCUCCAUAGCCCCCCCACUAGAGGAGCUGGCCGUCCCACAGCCUGACCUUCCUCCCCCCUCCCCUAUGCAUUCCCCAGAGCCCCAGCAGGAAGUGGCGAUCAAGUCCGAGCCUGCCUCCCCGGCCCCUUCGCCUUCUCCCCUCCCGGCCCUCCUGCCCACCUUCGCCCUGGAGCUGGGCAGUGAAGUGGACGUGGCGGAGAACGAGGGCGUAGCUCCCGGGAUCGUCCUCUCUCUCUCCGCUUCCCACAUCGUCGUCCUCCUGGCCCCAAAAGAAGAGGCGGCCGUGGUCUCCCCCGACGACCAGUCUGACACCGACAGCGGAAUCGGGUCGGACUCCCCCCGCCACAGCUCCUGCUCCACCCCGCCUCCCUCAGGCACGGCCCCGCCCCCAACCCCGCGAGCCGCCUCCAGGUCCAAACCGUACUCGAUCGUCAGCAAGUCUGAACCGGCGGCCAAACCCGGGAAGGUGAAGUCUGCUUCGGGCGCUCCUGUAGUGGUGGAGAAGAAGCUGAAGAAGAUGGAGCAGAACAAGACCGCCGCCACCCGCUACCGGCAGAAGAAGAGGGUGGAGCAGGAGAGCUUGAGCGACGAGUGCAGCAGGCUGGAGCAGAGGAACCGGGAGCUGACCGAGAAGGCCGACUCCAUCAGCAAGGAGAUCCAGUACCUCAAGGACCUCAUUGAGGAGGUGCGCAAUGCCAAGAACAAGAGGAAGAGCCGCCCAGAGCAACUGUAGUGGCGCUCUGGGACGGGGAAAAAAAUGUGAACAAAAAGCUGUGCGUUCCCCCCAGAGAUCCCGCACAGUAUGUUUUAACCACGUCCACAGAUGCAGUGUUUUAGGUGAUAUCUGUGAUCAUGUCUGAGUUUGGAAAAGGAAUUAAUCCCCCCCCCUUCCCCCACUCCACCCCACCCCACCCCACCCCACAGCUCCUCGACAAUCACAUCUUUGUCUGUUACUCCCACUUUCAUUUGUCUACUCUGCUUGUAUUAAAAUUCCCUUUUAUCAUCUUCAGUCCAGUUAAGGGGUCACAUUAAUUUAUCCAACUUUCUUUACCCCCAACUUAAGUGGUUUUUGUAAAACGGCCUCAUUUGUGCUCAAUGUGGAUUUUAUUUAUUACAAAAACCUCUGAUCUUUGUAUAUAGUCUGUCAGGUGCCACUGGUAAGAUUGGCUUGCUAAAAAAGCUUUCUAUGUUUUCAAAUAAAGCUGUAGUGAAACUAA